UGUAAACAAUUGGUAUUGGAUAAACCUUGGACAAUGGGGUUUUAGUUUCAGAGCUGCCGCUGCUCAGUCUCACUCUUCUCCUCUCAACUUGAAGGUUCCAUUUAACAGGCAAUCAAGGCAGAAUAACACAUUGUUAUAAACAUGGCAAGUGUGAUCAUGGCCCCAACCUUCAGCUCAAUCUCAGUCAACAGAACCGGCGGAGAUUGCAGUAAGUGGAGUAGUACUAACAGGCAACGUCGUGGUAUGAAAUUAAAGGCAAUGCGGAUAGAGAAACCUCUGGAGGAAUUGUACCAAGUGAGAGUGGAACGAAAGGUGUCACCGGAGAGACUAGCAGAGCUUGGAGUUUCAAGAUGGUCAAUGUGGAAGACUGGCAAGUGCAAGCUACCAUGGGACUGGCAGGUGGACCAACUGGUUUACAUUGAGGAAGGAGAGGUGAGAGUUGUGCCUGAAGGAAGCAAGCAAUAUAUGCGAUUUGUUGCCGGAGAUCUUGUUCGUUACCCUAAGUGGUUGGAGGCUGACCUCUUCUUCAAUGGUCCAUACCAAGAGCGUUACAGAUUCCGAGCCUAUGGAGAUGAUUAAUAGACUUUGAGUAUGCAUUUCGACAGUUACAUGUAUGCCCUUUUAGCUUGUUUGCCUGUUAUGAGCUUUACCAUGUCAGAUGCUAGGGUGAAGACUAGUUUGUCAAAUCCUAGCCUACAUGUCCAACUUUCAAGUAUUUAACUGUAUCAUAUAUGAGUUCUAAUUCGUAUAUACUGCAAAAUGAAUGUGCUUCCGCAUCAA